AUGCCAAAAACAGUGAUUGCCCCCCUGCAGAUUGGGCAAGCCCAGACGGUUUCUGCAUCCACCGUUGAAAACAUUCUCAAAUAUGAACCUGAAAACAUAGAGACUGGCUGCAAAUGCUCUUCUUUCGGCACGAGGCUGGCUUCAGGACGCCUGAGGGCAGAGACGAGUUUUUCAAGUACGGAAGCAGGCGGGUGGACAUCUCGGGCCCGAAGUGGACUCACUCUGCAAGCUGGCGAGGAGAAACGAAAGACCUUCAUCGUCGUGGGCAUCGUCGAACGGGGCGGCUCCACGCUGUACUGCACCGCCCUCUUCAUCUCGGACCAGGGCGAGGUCGUCGCGAAGCACCGGAAAGUGCUUCCGACGGCCAGCGAGAGGCUGAUCUGGGGCCGCGGCGACGCCUCCACUUUGCCCCUCGUCAAGACACCCGCCGGGCUGGCCGGAGCUGCCAUAUGCUGGGAGAACUACAUGCCCUCCUACGCUACGCCAUGUACGCCAAAGGCUUCAGAUUUGGUGCGCGCCCACGGUGGACGAAAGGGACAUCUGGCAGAGAGCAUGAAGCACAUAUCCUACGAAGGACGGCACAUUCCUGGUGAGCGCAUGCCAGUACCAGCCUCCUCCCUCGGAAGAGAUGAUUGCAGCUUUGGGGCUCCCGGAGGCGUUGGCCGGCCCUGUGUACGACAGGAGGCGCUCUUGAAAGCCGAGAUCGACCUGGAUGACAUCAUUCGAGCUCGCUACGACAUGGACGUCGUCGGUCACUACGCUCGGCCCGACAUCUUCCAGCUGGUGGUGGACGAGAAGCCGAAGAACUCCAUGGACUGUCAGUAACACGUCGUGAAUUGCGGUCGUGGGCAAGGUGAUCCCAAUGUAGAGAUGUUUGUAAUUCUAAUAUUAUUCUCACUAUCAUAAGUAAUAUCAGACUGUCAGUAUUAUUUUGUUAUCAUCAUUAUUACUGCUGCUAAUAAUGACGAUGAUGAUGAUGAUGAUAAUAAUAAUAAUAAUAAUAAUAACAAUAAUAAUAAUAAUAAUAAUAAUAAUUAUUAUUAUCAUCAUCACCAUUAUCAGUUUUUAUUACUAUUGUCAUUAUUAUUUUAUUAUCACUAUCAAGAACAUCACAAUUUUCACCAUUGUCAUCAACAGUAGUAAUAGCAUUAGCAGUAUUGCUCUUAAACGGCAUACUAAAAAAAUGGUCAUUCUCACCAUUUGACCAAUUGUUGAAACACGCAUGAAGUUCGAAUAUUUACAAAGUCCUCUCAUGGCUAUUUCAUCUUUAUAAAUCUCACUCAUUCUCAAUAAAAGGGAUUUCUCUGUAAGACGUGUUAAAGCCUUUUCUGUUUAUCAAUAAAUUUAACAUUAAGUA